ACGGGUUGAGUUUCCGGCCGGACGCGUGCCUCUUCCCCCAGUGAGAGACCGCCCUUCCGCUCCCAGCGUUCCCGCCCGCAGUUCAAACGGGGAAAAUGGCGGGGGCUCCUGUGUUGGUGGUCCCUUCCCCUCCGCGGGACGCGGAGAGAGUGCCCGGGGCGGACGACGGGGCCUCGGUCGCCGCCACCUCCCGAGAGGACUUCCGGGUGCGCUGCACCUCGAAGCGGGCGUUGACGGAAAUGCUAGAACUGUGCGGCCGCUUUGUGGAAAAGCUCGGGGACGCGCUGCCAGAGGAGAUUCGGAAGCCUGCGCUGCGAGAUGUGCAGUGGACUUUUGAAUCAGCUGUGCAAGAGAAUGUCAGCAUUAAUGGGCAAGCAUGGCAGGAAGCUUCAGAUAGUUUUAUGGAUUCUGAUAUUAAAGUACUUGAAGAUCAGUUUGAUGAAAUCAUAGUAGAUAUAGCCACAAAACGUAAGCAGUAUCCCAGAAAGAUCCUUGAAUGUGUCAUCAAAACCAUAAAAGCAAAACAAGAAAUUCUGAAGCAGUACUACCCUGUUGUACAUCCAUUGGACCUAAAAUAUGACCCUGAUCCAGCCUCUCGUGUGGAAAAUUUGAAAUGCAGAGGAGAAACAAUAGCUAAGGAGAUCAGUGAAGCCAUGAAGUCCUUGCCUGCAUUAAUUGAACAAGGAGAUGGAUUUUCCCAAGUCUUAAAGAUGCAGCCUAUUAUCCAGCUCCAGAGAGUCCACCAAGAAGUCUUUUCUGGUUGUUGUAGGAAACCAGAUGUUAAACCUGAGAGCUUUAUAACACAAAUAGAAACCACACCAACAGAGACUUCAACCAGGAAAGCCACUGACCUGGUCUUGAAAAGAAGGCGAACUAAAGACUGCCCCCAGAGAAAAUGGUAUCCACUACGGCCAAAGAGAAUUAAUCUUGACACGUAAACUCUUGUUUGUCUUGAGAGUUGAAAUUUGGCACUGUCAACAUUUAGAUUACAGCCCGAUGCCUAGACAGGAAAAGACAAAUAACUCUUUAACUAGUGAUUCCUUUAUACAAAUAUAGUAGCUCUAUGCUGGGAUAUAAUGUAAUAGUUGUAUUUCCUUAUUAUUUCGUCUUUAGUAGAUGAAAAGUAUAUUUUUUGAAUAUUGGCACAAAGCCCAUUAGUGGGCAUUAAGAGUGCAAGCUUAAAUGUCCUUAAAUGUAAUCAACUCUUGGCUGCCUUACAGCCUUUGUGGAAUAUCAUGAGUAACACAUUCUAUUGGAUUUCUAGUAUACAUCUUUUAAAAAGAGCAGUAUCACAGUUGUCUCUAAGUGCUAAAAGUAAUCAUCAGUUCUGUUUAGGAGCUAGGAGCAGAUAAAGUCCCCCCCCCCCAGUGCAGUUUGAUUUAUCACAUUGAUAUGCAGAUAAGAAGACUGGCUUUGACUUUGUUACUCUAAAUUCAGCUAAUUUGGAUUUGUGGUAUUAUUUUUAGGAUUUUUUUGUUUUUGUUUUGUAAGACAGAUGACUUAAUUAUGUAAGACUUUUUCUUAGAAAUAAAAAUUGGCAUGUAGCCAAUGUUUCUUUCCACACUUAUUUUCUACAGGCCUUUCAACUUGGGACUAAGGGUUUCUUUUCAAGAUUUCUCAUAUCUUUGUACAUGAUUGCAGUUCAAAAAUAUAUAUUGGAUUAAAAAUUAACAAAUUGUCAUUGUGGAACAAAUAUAGAUGCAAUCAUACUGAACUAUUUUACAUUUAAGGAUGUUUAUUUAUCAAGGAUGUUAUCGGUAGAACGCUGAGGAAGCUAUAUCGCCUAUAGCUCUAACAUUUCACUAUAGUUAUAGCUCUUACUGUGUCUCUUCCUCACAUUAGUACAAUGUAGGCAGGGCCAUCCAACUUUUCUCCUUUUCUCCUUUGAUGACUGUAUAACUUCAUUCAUUUGCAGAGGAAUUUACUAAUCAUGACGUUGGGAAUCUGUACUUCUUAUUUACUGUGUCUUACCAAUCAAAUAUCUAAAUGUGAUAGAAAAUGUGUCUCAGUGAAAAAAAUUUACAAAGCCACUUUAUUGCACUCUGUAUUUUAAUUUACAAUUUUAGAUCUGUAUAUCUGUAAUAACAGUGUAUUUUUAAUUAAAAUAAUGUACAAAGACU